GUUAACCUCGUGUUAUGUUUCCUUGAAUAAGAUAAAUUUGUACAAAAUGGGUAAAAAGGAAAAGGCAGGAAGUGGAAACUUAGGAAAAGCAUUAAUUAGAAAUCGUUUUGGUUCUACAAAACGUAAAAAACAUGAUGAUAUGACUAUGAUCCAUACUAUGUCGUUAAAUGAUGGUUACGACUGGGGACGUCUUAAUCUUCAAUCUGUUACGGAAGAAAGUUCUUUCCAAGAAUUUCUAUCGACUGCCGAGUUAGCGGGUACAGAGUUUCAGGCGGAGAAAUUGAACAUCAAGUUUGUUAAUCCAAAAAGCGGAAUCGGACUACUUUCGAAAGAUGAGAAAGAAAAGAUUUUGGAAACGCAACAGAAAAAUAAAGCUUUGCUUAAAAUACCAAGAAGGCCACAAUGGGACAGCUCCACUACAGCUCAAGAAUUACAAGCUAAAGAAAGAGAACAUUUCUUAGAAUGGAGACGUACUCUGUCCCUGCUUCAAGAAGCGGAAGGAUUAAUGUUAACACCUUAUGAAAAGAAUCUGGAGUUUUGGAGACAACUGUGGAGAGUAGUGGAACGCAGUGAUGUUAUUGUGCAAAUUGUCGAUGCACGGAAUCCUUUGCUUUUUAGAUGUGAGGAUUUAGAGAGUUAUGUCAAAGAGGUAAAUCCUGAGAAGAUGAAUACAAUAUUGGUUAAUAAGGCAGACUUCUUAACUGAGCAACAACGAAAGGAAUGGGCAAAGUAUUUUUCGGAUAUUAAUGUAAGAGUUGCAUUUUUUUCUGCUACAUUAGCAGCUGAAAGGCAGAAGGUUCAAGAAACAAUACAGGAAGAAAAUUCGGAAAGUGAAGAAGGUAGUGAAGUAGAAACUGAUACAGAGGAUGAAGAUGAUGAUGAAUCAUUGUACAAUUCAGGAGCUUCCUCGGAAAGCAUAUAUGAGAGUGCAGAUGAUAAUAUGGGGAUUAUAGAUGACUCAGAAUGUAUAAAUAAAAAUUCUGAAGUAGAAAAUGGAGAACACAUAGAACCUAAGGACAACAAGUGUGAUUUGCAUGCACUGAAAACUUCAAUAGAAGAAGUAAGUCAAGACAAUGCAAGAAUAGAAAACUCAUCAGAGUUAUUAACUAGGGAUCAGUUAGUGUCAUUUUUCAAAAGAAUUUACAAAGGUAAAACAUGUACUGAAGGCAUUACAACAAUUGGUUUGGUAGGAUAUCCAAAUGUAGGUAAAAGUUCCACAAUUAAUGCUUUGUUGAUGGACAAAAAAGUAUCAGUAUCUGCCACACCAGGCAAGACAAAACAUUUUCAGACACUUUUCUUGGAUACGGACCUAUUGCUCUGUGAUUGUCCUGGAUUAGUAAUGCCAAGUUUUAUCUGCACUAAAGCGGAAAUGAUUUUAAACGGCAUAUUACCAAUUGAUCAAAUGAGGGAUCAUGUUCCACCAAUCACGUUAUUGGGAACUUUAAUACCAAGACAUAUUAUGGAAGAUCUCUAUGGUAUCAUGUUACCUCUACCUAUAGAAGGAGAAGAUCCUGACCGUCCUCCAACAGCAGAAGAAAUGUUAAAUGCAUAUGGAUAUAAUAGAGGUUUUAUGACGCAAAACGGACAACCGGACAAUCCACGAUCAGCACGUUAUGUUUUAAAAGAUUUUGUGAAUGGUAAACUUUUAUACUGCGUUGCACCACCGACAGUAGAGCAAGAGAAAUUUCACAUAUUCCCCCCACAAAGAAGAACUAUUCCUGUAAAUAAACAUUUGCCAGCUAGGACAAUACGUGCGAGUAAAGGGAGUAAGACUAGCUCUGAAGAUGUGGAUAAAGUAUUCUUCCAAAGCAAUGUUUCAAGUGUACAUACAAAAGGAAUGAUUGGAAAAAUGCGUGGUACAUGCCGGAUCGGUUCUAGCGAUACAGGAUCAGUAGUUAAUUCCACUCAGAGCUUGUUACUCGAAGAAAAACCAUGGAAAAAGAUAAAUAAACAUUCAAAUAAAAAGAAACGUGAGAAAACGAGAAGAUUGUACGCUCAUCUCGAUCAACAUUGAUUCGGUGGACAUAUUAGUACUGUAUCGUUUUUUGAACUAUUUGAGUUGAAGGCCUUUUCGCUAUAUAACAGCGGUUCGUAUCAUG